UUACAAGAGUCAAGAGAUAAAUCAAAGAGUGUGAAGGAUCCACAAGAAGAUAGAAAGAGAGAGCAAUGUCAAGCACCAGUACUGUAGAUAACACAGUGACUAGUAAUGCAGAUCAGCAGCAACUGGUAGAAGGAGAAUCAGAGACAACUAUUGGCUCAUCCGCUCUGGAACAGCUCAAGUGGAUAUUCGACUUGUGUGAUCAAGAUCAUGAUGGGCUCAUAACUGUGGAAGAGUUUAGAUCAUUGGGACAGCAUUAUCUUGGAGCCGUGUCACAGAGGAUAGACCAGUUAAUUCAUGAAUUGGACCCUAAAAGAACUGGUGUGAUAACAUUUGAGAGCUUUAGCAAAGGAAUAGAGGCAUACUUAAUAGGUAGAAGAGACUCUGUUACAUCAAGUAGGUCUGACUCAUUUUCCCGUACAAGCUUUGACGAAAACUUCCCUGGUACCACUAGUCCUAUUGAGGAUAGUACAUUUACUGUAGGUGAUGUUAAUAGUCCUACCAUUGACUCACCUCAGCUCUCCUAUUACUCACUAGGAUUCACCAGUUCUUCAAGCCCUGUGUCAGUCAGAGUAAGGGACCUUGAGGAUCCAACUGGAGUCAAUGGUAGCCUACCAAAUGGUAUCAUUACCACAUCCAGCAUUGAUACUCAUGAUACAUUCUCCACUGACGAACAACACAAACCUAAAGUCAAUGGCCGACAUCAAUCUAUUGAUGGGAUUGAGAUACAACCAGCAGAUAAUAGUCCCAGUCUAGUGGCCAGAGCUCUCAUUAAAAGAAGCAAUCACUCAUUCCUUCAUGUAUCAGGGACUGGCAGCACCUACUCCAGCUCCUCUGAAUGGAGACAAGAUGAAGACUCUGAUGAACUCACUGAAAAGUUGCAGGAGCUCUCUUCAAGACUAGAGGGAUUAGAGGUUGAGCUUGAUCAGAGCCAGACAGAGACAAUGAGAUUAAAGAAAGAGAAUACGACUCUUAGAGAAAGGUUGGACAUGUUUGAAGACACUUUGAAGGAUGUACAGACAAAGAGUGAAGUAGCCAUUGGAUUAGUGAGGAGCAGGAGCAGUGCCACCAUUGACAAAAUGAAGAAAGAAUACAAAUCAAAAUAUCAAGAAUUGGAAUAUCAAUUAGUUGAAGAGAAAGAGAAACAGUCAACAACUGAAGGACAAGCAGACAACCUCAGAAAGCAAAUAGAUGAGAGAGAAAUGGAGUGUGAAGAGAAAGGCAAGCAUGUAAUACAGCUACAAAACAAGGUGACUGAAUUGGAGGAGGAGCUGUUGAAAGCGAAAGAGCAAUUAAGAUUAGUUAGGAAUGAAUUGGAACAAGAUAAACAAGGACUUCAACAGGAGGUCGAGGCUAUGAAUCAUGUCAUACAACAUUUGAGGAAAGAGCUUGAGGAGAAUAAGUUCACUAAGAAGAGGAACAACAUUAAUGUCACUGACUACAAAUUAGCCGAAGCAAUCUCUCUUAAGAAGGAGGUUCAAUCUCUCAAAGAGGAGAACACAAGAUUAAAGAGUCAACUAGUCAAACAAGGGAAGGAAUUGUUAGGUGGUCCUGCUCCAUCACUAGCAGCAGAACUGCAGGAUGCUCCAAGAGCUGAUGUAAUGAAAGCACUCACUGAGUAUGAGGAAAAGACUGCACGAUUACAGUCCUACAUUGAAGGACUACUGGUCGCAAUAUUAGACUCACACCCAGAACUACUUGAAGUGAAAUAGCACCCACACACAUACGUGCACCUGCAUGCAUUACCAAUAGAAAGAGAUUUAGAGCUGAUUGACUGUCUGCUUAUAAGAUGUA